AUUCUUGGUGAACGGAGAUGGUUGCAUAGAGAUGGAGAGAAAUGCUCUUCUCUCAUUCAAAGAAGAUUUGGUUGAUCCUUCUGGAAUGUUAUCUUCAUGGAACGUUAGUGUUGACUGCUGCAAGUGGAAUCGUGUUGAAUGCAAUGUCAAGACUGGUCGAGUCAUCAGUCUUAACCUCCGAAACCAAGAUUCUUAUUAUGACGAUGAAAUUUCAGGUAAACUUAAUUCCUCGCUUGUAAAUCUGAAAGAGUUAAGAUACUUAGAUCUUAGUAUGAACAAUUUUAAAGGAUUAUCAAUCCCAAGCUUCAUUGGCUCAUUUGAGAGAUUGAGAUAUCUUAAUCUCUCUGGCUCCUCGUUUGGUGGAGUUGUUCCUCCACAACUUGGGAAUCUCUCAAAUUUGGUUUAUCUUGUCCUUGGCAUUAGCAUUGAAGAAAGUUAUAAGCAAGAUUUCAACAAUCUUGUGGGGAAUGACAUGAGUUGGCUUUCUGAACUCUCAUCUUUAAAACAUCUUGAUUUUAGUGGUAUUGAUCUUAACUUGACUUCUUCAGACCACUUGUUUCAGACAAUAAGUAAUACAAGUAGGUUGGAGAUAUUGGACUUAAGUUAUUGUAGUUUGGGCGGGUUUCUUCCGAAUUCAUUGGGAAAUUUGAGUAAUUUGAAAACUUUGGAUUUGGCAUUUAACUAUUUUGUUGGAGAUAUUCCAAAAUCUAUUGGAAACUUGACAUCCUUAGUACAAUUUGACAUUUCAUGGAAUCAACUCAACGGAUCAAUUCCAGAAAGUCUUGGAAAGCUCUCGUGUUUGUCUCUUUUAAGACUCUCCGGUAAUCCGUUGAACUCUGUCAUAACUGAACGACAUUUAUACAAUCUCUCUAGCUUGACAAUGAUGAACAUCCAUCAAUAUUCAUAUACUAAUAUUAAUUUGGUAUUUUCCAUCACUCCUGAUUGGAUCCCUCCUUUUAAACUCGAGCACUUGCGAAUUAGUUCAUGUCGAGUGGGACCCGGAUUUCCAACAUGGCUAAGGAAUCAACACAAGCUCAAAUAUCUUAUAAUGUUUGAUGCAAUGCUUUCAGGUCCCAUACCAGAUUGGUUUCUAAAUCUAAGUUCAAGUCUUCAAUAUUUGGACUUGAGUAACAACAGUUUGAGUGGAAGAGUGUCAAAUACAUUUGUUUCGAAAUAUCUCAUUCGAGUUGAUUUGUCCUACAACCACUUGGAAGGUCCUCUUCCUCAGUUUUCUUCUUCAAAUAUAAACUCGCUUAAUUUGGGAAACAAUAUGUUGAAUGGGACUAUACCCCAUAAUAUCGGCCAACUGAUGCCCAAUUUGGCAGUAUAUGACCUUUCCAAUAACUAUUUGCAUGGCAGCAUACCGUGUUCGAUGGGCAAUAUGACCUCAUUAUAUUUUCUAUGGUUGAAUAAUAACAACUUUGUUGGAGAAAUACCUAGCUUGAUGGGCAAUAUGAGAUCAUUAAGUUCUCUAUCGUUGAAUAAUAACAGCUUAGUUGGGAAACUACCGAGCUCAAUGGGAAAUAUGAGCUCAUUAGAUGAACUAUGGUUGAGUAAUAACAAACUUGUUGGAGAAAUACCGAGUUCCACGGGCAAUCUUCGAUUCUUAAGGUAUCUAAUGUUGAAUAAUAACAACCUUGGUGGAGAGAUUCCCCAUUCUUUGCAUAAUUGCACACAAUUGUCAAUGCUGAAUCUUGCAGAUAACAUGUUCUCUGGAGAGAUUCCGUCUUGGAUAAGAGACACCACAAAACCGAGGCUGAAAGUUCUGAAGCUUAGAUCAAAUCUGUUAAUUGGCCAUAUCCCAAAACAGCUUUGCAAUCUUUCUAGGCUUCAUUUCUUGGAUCUGGCCCAUAAUCAUCUUUCUGGCACCAUUCCUUUGUGCUUGGGUUACUUCACUUCCUUCACAGCUGAUGAUUACAUCCCUGAUGGAAACGAUACUUUGGAUAAGUAUCCAAAGGAGGAUGUGAAGGUUAAUACAAAGGGAUCAGAGUUUGCAUAUAAAGAUACUCUUUACCUUGUGAACCUAAUAGACCUAUCGGCGAAUAAUCUAACAGGAGUCAUUCCGAAAGCGAUCACCAAUCUUACAAGACUUUGGUCUCUAAAUUUGUCAAUGAAUCACUUGACUGGAAGGAUACCAGACCAAAUAGGAAGCUUAAAAAUGCUCGAGACUCUCGACCUUUCAUUCAACCGCCUUUCUGGUCCGCUCCCACCUAGCCUAGCCUACAUGACCUCCUUAGACCACCUUAACUUGUCCUACAACGAUUUCGAGGGAAGAAUACCAACGGGAAAUCAGUUGCAGACAUUGUCUGAUCCCUACUCCAUAUACAUGAAUAAUCCACGACUUUGUGGGGCUCCAUUGACAACCAAAUGCUCUGAUGAUAACCGCACAAUAUCAGACACUCCCAUUACUACUGUCGUUGUUGAUGCUAAUGAUCACGAGGAUGACGACAAAGACGAGUUGAGAUGGAUCUUGGUUAGCGCAGCUUUGGGAUUCGCGGUUGGGUUUUGGGGAUUUAUCGGCCCUCUAGUGAUAAAGCAGUCGUGGAGACGAGCUUAUUUUGGAUUUGUAGAGGACAAACUUGAAGCCGUCAUGACAAGUGCCACUCGUUUGAGGUUGAAAUUGAUGAAGAAGUCCAACAACGGAAUCUAGCUAGCACCUAAUUAUUGGUACAAGGUAAGACUGUACUUGUUCUUAUCAUUAUUAAUAUUCUUCUUUUAAUUAUCUUUAUCU